CCCAGGCACGUGAAUAGAAAUUGGAAUCUUGAAAACUUGAAGUGUUAUUGAGAAAUCAAAUUAGCACUCAGUUCCUUGAUUGAUCUCUAUUUCUCUCCUGUACAGGUAACUGAUUUCAAAAUCAAUGAAUGGGACAAAUCAAUCUCGGGUGACAGAAUUUGUAUUACUGGGACUCUCUAGUUCAAAGGAGCUCCAACCUUUGUUUUUUCUCAUAUUCUCACUACUUUAUUUAGCAAUUCUGCUAGGAAACUUUCUCAUCAUCCUCACUGUGACCUCAGAAUCCCGCCUUCAUACACCCAUGUACUUCUUGCUUGCAAACCUCUCAUUUGUAGAUAUAUGUGUUGCUUCGUUUGCUACCCCCAAAAUGAUUGCAGACUUUCUGGUUGAACGCAAGACUAUUUCAUAUGAUGCCUGUCUGGCCCAGAUAUUCUUUGUACACCUCUUCACGGGCAGUGAAAUGGUGCUCUUAGUAUCCAUGGCCUAUGACCGUUAUGUUGCUAUAUGCAAACCUCUCCACUACAUGACAAUCAUGAGCCGCCGGGUGUGUAUUAUUCUUGUCCUCAUCUCCUGGUGUGUGGGCUUCAUCCAUACUACUAGUCAGCUAGCAUUUACUGUUAACCUGCCUUUUUGUGGUCCUAAUCAAGUAGAUAGUUUUUUCUGUGACCUUCCUCUAGUGACCAAGUUAGCCUGUUUAGACACUUAUGUGGUCAGUCUACUAAUAGUCGCGGACAGUGGCUUUCUCUCUAUGAGCUCCUUCCUGCUCUUGGUUGUUUCCUACACCGUGAUACUUGUCACAGUUAGGAGUCGUUCCUCUGCCAGCAUGGCAAAGGCCCGCUCCACAUUGACAGCUCACAUCACUGUGGUUACACUAUUCUUUGGCCCAUGCAUUUUCAUCUACGUCUGGCCCUUCAGCAGUUAUUCAAUUGACAAAAUCCUUGCUGUAUUCUACACCAUCUUCACUCCCAUCUUAAAUCCAGCUAUCUACACAUUAAGGAACAAGGAAAUGAAGGCAGCUAUGUCAAAACUGAAGAGUCAGUAUCUGAAGCCUGGCCAAGUUUCUGCAGUUAUAAGAAAUGUUCUUUUCCCGGAAGCAAAAUAAACUUGUGAGACCGUUACCCCUUUAUCCCUGUCUCUAGACAUUUGCAGAUGGACUUACUGUGAU